AUGGGUGCAAUUCUUUCCAACCCGGCCAAGGACGCAUCAGCCCCACCACUACAGCAUGAUGACAAUAUCUUGGUGAUUACUGGUCUAGCCACCAAAUGGCCAUCCAAGCUUAUUGGUCCGAAUGAUUUGAAAGCAUAUGCCUUACACCAUUACCCGGAAAAUGCUCCUUGGCUGCAGAGCUUAUUGAAGAUCAACGAACAGACUGGCAUAGAAGCCCGCGCCGUAGUAGACAUCUGGGAUGAUCCACGGUGGCAUCAAGACGUCCCUCCCACAGCAGAAGACGUCGAUGCUGCAUUCCGUAACUACGGCGUGCAGCUUGCGAAGGGUGCCGCCCUAGAUGCCUUGAAUGAUAGCCACAUCUCCCCAAGCUCUGUUACACAUGUUGUGGCAGUCACAGCAACCAAUGCUGGCAGCCCGGGUUAUGAUCAGAUCGUGGCCCGGGAGCUGGGUAUUCCUCCAUCUGCAGAAAGAGUUCUCCUGGCUGGUGUUGGAUGCGCAGGAGGCCUAGCUGCCCUACGGGUAGCCUCCAAUCUAGCAAUAGCAGCAACUCUACGACAUCAGGAGGCCCGGAUUUUGAUCAUUGCGUGUGAGAUCUGCAGCAUCCAGAUCCGUGCUGAGCUCCAUGCUGCAUCCAACUCACAUACUGUCGGGAUCGGGCCAGCCCUCUUCGGUGACGGUGCGGCGGCUAUGGUACUGUGCAACUUUUAUAACCUGUGUGACAAGAUUCCCCGACGUUUCAGUGUGAUUGAUUGGCGUACAUGUAUCACGCCCAAGACACACCAGGAGAUGUCUUAUCAAGUAACAUCUAACGGGUUCCUUCUGUCGCUGUCGAAGCAGGUUCCUAAGUACACUGCCACGUCUCUGCAAGUGCCGUUCCAAAGCUUACUCGAGGAAAAUGGAAAGGAAAUGUCUCCCAUAGACUUUGACUGGGCUGUUCAUCCUGGUGGUUUAUCUAUCAUUAAAGGGGCGCAGAUGGCAAUGAAUCUUCCUGAUGAAGCAUUGACGGCGAGCUACGAUAUCUACAGAGCUCGGGGGAACGCAUCGAGUGUCGCAGUUCUUGCAGUGCUAGACAGGCUACGGUCGAUGGAGAUGCGAAAACAAGAUGUCAUUGCAUGCAGUUUUGGGCCCGGUCUUACCACAGAAAUGGUUCUCUUGAAGCGAUGGUUGUAG